CCGGGGCGGGCCUCGAGGCGCGUUCCGGGGCGGCGGCUUCCGGCGGGGCCAUGCCGCCGUUCGGCGCGGGGCUGCUGGUGCUGACGGCGCCGUUGGCGGCGCUGCCCCGGCGGGCGGCGGCGGCGGUGGCGGCGGCGGCGGGGCUGGUGGCGGGGCCGCUGUACGUGCACCUGCAGCCGGGGCUGCGCCUGGCGGCCCCCGCGCCGCGCCCCGCCGCCCCCCCCGCCGGCCCCGCGCUGCUCCGGGCCCUGGACGCGCUGUACGCGGCGGCGGCGCGGCGGGGCCUGGACCUACGUGUCCUGCUCGCCCCCGGUCGCCGCCUCGCCCGCCCGCCCCGCGUCCUGCUGCUCCCUGCCGCCGAGGCUCCCGGGCCGCCGGGGCCGGUGCAGCUCGGCCUGCAGCACCUGGCCACCGCCGCCUACGGCUGCCCGCCGCAGCUGCCCGCGCUGCUGCUGGAUGGCGCCGGGGAUGACCCCGGGGAGACCCCCGAGGAGGACCCCGGGGAGGACCUCGGCGCGGCGCUUCCCAACUUCUCCGACGUGGCGGUCGGGGGCACCUUCGACCGCCUGCACGGCGCCCACCGGUUCCUGCUCAGCGCCUGCGCCCUCCUGGCCCAGCACCGGCUCCUGGCCGGGGUGGCCGACGGCGACCUGCUUCGCCACAAGGUGCUGGCGGAGCUGAUCGAGCCCUACGAGCUGCGGGCGGCCCAGCUGCUCGAGUUCCUGCAGGACGUGCAGCCCUCGCUGCGCUACGACAUCGUGCGGCUGGCUGACCCCUACGGCCCCGCGGUCACCGACCCCAACCUGCAGUGCUUGGUGGUCAGCGAGGAGACCCGCAGGGGGGGCGAGGCCGUCAACAGGAAGAGGCUUGAAAACGGGCUCCCCGAGCUGGCUCUCUACGAGAUCCUGUUGAUGAAGGACCCUGACCACAGUCAGAACGAGGAGGAGAAGAUCAGCUCCUCCAGCCUGCGGCAGAGGCUGCUGGGGACACUGCUGCGGCCCCCGCGGCAAGACCCUGCCUUGCCCCCGCGCCCGUACGUCAUUGGCCUGACCGGAGGGACCGGGAGUGGGAAAACCUCCAUCGCCAGCCGCCUGGGGCGCCUCGGAGCUUUCAUCAUCGACGCCGACAAGCUGGGCCACGCCGUCUACAGCCCCGGUGGCCCUGCCUACGGGCGGGUGCUGGCCACCUUUGGGGCAGAAAUCCUGAACCAAGAUGGGACAAUUAACAGGAGAGUCCUUGGGGCCAAAGUGUUUGGAAACCAGGAGCGGCUGAAGAGUCUGACAGACAUUGUGUGGCCUGAGAUGGCUCAGAUGGUCAAGGAGCAGAUCAGGGAGGCAGCUGCUCAAGGGAGCUCUGUGUGCGUGCUGGACGCUGUGGUGCUGCUGGAGGCCAGCUGGCAAGACAUGGUCCACGAGGUGUGGACUGCCAUCAUCCCUGAGGAGGAGGCUGUGAGGCGCGUCGUGGCCCGGGACGGGCUGAGCGAGGAGGCUGCUCGCAGCCGGCUGCAGAGUCAGAUGAGCAACAGCCAGAGGGUGCAGCAGUCCCACGUGGUGCUGUGCACGCUCUGGGAGCAGGAUGUCACCCGCAGGCAGGUGGAGAAGGCCUGGGGCCUCCUGCAGCAGCGCCUGGGCUUGGGGCACAGCCUCUGAGGGGGCCGUGCCCCUCGACCAUCACCCCCAACCCCACGGAUCCCACACAGGUGGGAAGGGCAGCGAAGGGCCCUGUCCUGGCACUACCAGCAGUGCCAUGCUGAGGAGCACAGCGUGGGGGCUGA